UGUGACACCUGAGGCUUCCAAAGUAAACAAACAAAGCUGCAUGCGGGCAGCGGGUAGAUGUGACAGUAACUCAGCCUCCAACUUUUAAACGGUUUCCUCAACUCUGAAGAGAAGAUGGCAUUGUGUUAUUGAGGAGUGUUGGUCUGCUGAGGUGCUGCCGUGGAGCUGUGUGUUUCUGCAUGGCUGAGGUGCAUGUGGUUGGCCAGAUCACCGGCGCGAGUGGCUUCCCAGACUCCUCGUUGCUGUGCAAGUGGCUCCUGCAGCUGGGUGGAGGGUGGAGGCUGGUGGAGGGCUUGGCGGAGGGGCAGACCCAGGCUGACCGUUCUGAAGUGGGAGAAGAAAUUGUUUGGUGCCAUCCACUUGACAUCCAUCUAUCUACACGUGGCAUACAGGGGUGGCCACGGCUGCUGCUGCAGGUGUACCGGCAGGAUGCACUGAGCCGAGUAGAUGUGUGUGGGUACGGCAUCAUCCAUAUCCCCACACACCCUGGCCACCACACCCUGCACUGUCACACCUGGAGACCUGUGGGCACAUUCUCUGAGGAAUUCCGACGGGCUUUUCUGGGUGGAGGACCUCAACUCUUAUCCACAGAAUUCAUCCACUCAUCCUUAGAGCGCUACCGUCUGUCCACCAUUGCUUCUGGCACGGUUCACCUUGAUAUAGGAGUCAUUCUCAGAGAAUUUGACAAAUAUGGCAUAGCAACUUAGAGAGAGAGAUAUGCUGAGGUAAACAGAGAGACAGACAGACAGACUGAUACAAAGAGAAGCAAAAGGAUAAAUAGAAGAAAAGAUAGAUAAAGAUAAACAGAAAUAGAGACAAAUGGACAGACUGACACAUGAUAAACUGAAAUAAUUCAAUAGGAAAGAAAGAUAUAAAUAAAACAAAAAAAAGAGAAAAA